CUUCUCCAGAGAUCGAGGUCCGAGAAGCCCUGCCGACGCCGCCCAUCGCGCCGGCGGAGCGCAAGGUCGCGGCAAGGGGAUCCUCGGCUCCGCCAGACCCCUGCCGAGCCAAAACAGAUGAUGAGGCAGAUAAAGGCCCACCCGUUUCUCUUCCUAGGCCCAUGUCUGCCGAUUCCAUGCCAGACAAGGAGCGGAAAACAGGCGUGUCCAGCGCCACCUUAAAGGUGCCCCGUGAGGACGACCGCGCGGGCAGCCUGAGCCCUUCCAGCCCUUCCAGCGCCUCCGGGAGCCGCGGGCGCCAGGGAGGCGGCCAAGCAGUUUUACCGUCGACCUCUAACCGGCACCUUUCGCCGAGUCCAGCGGUUGUUACGCAGGACUCCAAAGUGCUGCGAGAC